AUGUCUCUAGACUCAUUGUUGGCUCAACAUCUACCGCAAAAUGAAUCUUUCAAAUACUUCUAUAUCCAAUCACGACCAAUAUACAUCAAAUCACCAAUAAACAUUGCUAAAUCAUCCACCACCACCACCACCACCACCACCACCACCACCUCGCCACGACCCGAUACUGUCAAAAUACGUCAUCUCUUCACAUUAAUUGAUCAUGAUGAUGUGAUUGUUUUAGGAAUUGAAGUGUAUGUGUAUUUGCAAAUAUAUCCUAAUUACGUAGAUCAAUUUAUAUUCAUUGCCAAGUGUGAUACUACUGGUUUGAAAAAGUUGGCUUAUCGAGUUGGUGAUGUUGUUGAACUGGUGUUGCGAUAUAUUGUUGACUAUGAUGUGAAUGAGUAUAGAAUCAAGAUGAAGCGGGGGAUCAUUCUGCAUGAGCAAAAGGAGAACGAGGAACAAAAGGAAGACGAGGAGGCUGGUACAUACAUGAAUGAAACUUUGGCACUAAUUGAUAAAUUACAGAGGAAACUAUCCACUGAUUCAAAUUAUAUCACUACUCUACCAUACUAUGGCACCCAUGCCAAGCAUACCACCACCGAUAGUAAUAUCAAAUCUAGUCAACAAUUUCGUAACCUACCUACCACAAUCAACUCACGUAUUUGUUUAUUCACCAAAACCGCACCACAAUACAUGUUUCCCAACUCAUCUAGAAACGAGUAUAAACAUUUGAGUAAUGGACAAGUGUUAUUGACUUGGUGGUUGAGGAUAAUUGAAUCUAUUUGUGGUGGUGGUAGCAGCAGCAAUGGUGAUUGUUGGCCUAUUAAAAGACUAAUCAUCCCUGGAUCGGAUGAAUUUGCCAUGAGUAAAUUUAUUAAUCGUUUGCCUAAUUGGUCAAUUGGGCAUAUAUUUGGUGACAACAAUAAUUCAGCCUCGAAUCAUGAUGCAAGUUCCAAUGCAGAUACAGCUGCAAAUUCAAAGUCGGGUUUGGCGGUUUAUAACAUCCCCCUCUUCCCCGAUGAUCCAAAAGGUCGUUUUUUAGAGCAUUUGAUUGUUGAAAAUCGAUACGCCAACGUUUCUAUUGAUCGCUUUUACCAAGAGUUGGGAUAUCGACAGGAGUUUCGCAUAGGUGACUGUGUUGGUUUAAUUGGAUGCAAAAUUGACAAUCAUAAGCCAAAAAACAACAAGACUACAGUAGAUGAAGUGAAUCAGAAUGAAGGUGAAGAGGAUGAUUUGGUGGUUACAGUUCACCAAUAUAAACAAUUUGUUAAUCAUGUUUUGAAACUGAUCAAUUUUGAUAAAUUGGUCGAUGUAGAGUACUUGACUCAAGUUCAGAUACCUGCAUUCUUUAACAAGACUUUGGGUCUUGACGAUGGCUUCAAGUAUGGACAAGUAAUUGGAAAAAAGGCAAAAGUGAGUGAGCAUACUUCUGGUCACACUGGUGGUGGUGGUGGCGAAAAGAAAAGUUUACUGCUGGUGCUGGGAGUUACUGGCAGUGGAAAUGGGAAAGCUAACGAUCUUACUGGAUUGAUCAAGAGAAAGAAGCGGAAGUGA